UCUAACGGCUCUGGGCGAGCGAAGCUCUCUCACGAUGGCGGCGGCUUGGGGCGAGUCCGCGGAGCGGUGGCAAACGCUGGGCUCGCAGGAGGCGAUGGCGCGGACGCUGGAGGACAAGGUCCUGAAGUACUGGACUCGGUCUCAAGUGUUGGAGGAGCCGCUGCAAGCAGUAGGGGAAUUCUUUCCAGACACGGAGUAUGAAGCCACAGAUGCCCCUGGCCUUAAGAAAGCACUUCUUCUUUUCGAAGAGGAGUGGCAAAGGUAUGAGAAGCUGGUAGAAGUGAAUGCUUUCCUGCGGGAGCACCUUCAUAAAGCUGAUGAGGUUAAUUCAGCCCUUAAAGAAGAAGUUGGAAAUCUGACAGUGGCUGGCAUGAGAGCCCGGGAAGAGCUGGAAUUGAAGGAGAGUGACUGGCGCAAUGAACGGGAGGUCCUAAAAGAAGAGCUUUCUGCCAAGCAGGACUCCAUGAAUUUCUUGCAGCAGCAGCACAGACAGCAGGAAGAGAAGUGCAGGAAGCUGCAGCGAAGGGUUGAGGAAUUGGAGGUGGAACGCAAGACAUCCGGCAUCCAACAACAGCACCUCCAGUCUGUGGUUGAAGCACUCAGAAGUGACUGUGUAAAACUUGAGAAAACCAGGGAAGAGCUACAGCAACAGCUUGAAGUAAUGGAGCAAAAAGCCUCACGUCUGCAUCAAAGUAACAUGGAAUUGAGGCUGAAGGAAGACUUGGCCAAGAGGGAGCAGCAAGAAGAGAUGGAGAGAGCGCGUUGUCACCAAGAGUUACUCCUGAAGGACUUGGGUGCCCUUGAAGGAAAACAUUCCUCAUUACAGAGCGAGUUGGUAGCUGCGAGAGAGGAACUGGAGGAACUGCACCUUCAGAGGGAUCUGCUGCAGCGAGAGAAACACGAGCUUGCCGUGGCACUGGAGAAGGCAGAGCAGUCAGUGGCCAAGUUGACAGGGGCUCAAAAUCAGCUGAGUGCUGAAGUAGCUGAUCUACGUGCUGCGACAGCCGACAUGGGCAGUAUCAAUGAAGCUCUUGCAUGGGAUAAAGUGCAGCUGAACAAACUUGUGCUGCAGCUGGAAGAAGAGACUGAGGCUUUGUCAAGGAGAGUGGACGAGACGGAGAGAAGAAAGAUCUCUGAGCAGGAGAAGCUGCAGCUGUGUGAAAGAAUGAAUGAAGAGCUCUCUGCAGAGAAAGCCCACCUGGAGCAGCUGUUGAAGAAGGCAGAGGAGCAAGAGAAGGGGCUGCAGGUGGAACUGAUGGCACUGAGGAGGGAGAAGGAAGAAAGCCAAGAGGAACUCCAAGUCUCCCAGCAGCAACAGGAGUUGGUGAGAAGUGGGCUGGAGGAACUGCGACAGGAGUGCUCUCGCCAAGCAGAUGCCCUGGCCAAGAUGUCCAGAGAGAAGGAACUGCUGGUACAGGAGAAGGCUGACCUUGAGGUGCGCCUGAGAGACACAGAGUGGGACAGACGAGGCCUUUCAGAGCAGCUGGCAGAGGCCAGGUCAGGGAAGGAGACUGUGGAAUCCAGCCUGCUUGAGGCUCGGCAGCGCUUAUCUCAGCUGGAGAUCACCAGGAGUCAGCUGGAAAUCCAACUUCAUGCAGUCAUGCAGACCAAGGAAGUGAUGCAGGGGGAAUUGAAGUUCCUUCAACAGGAGCUGGAAGCAGAGAGAUCUCUCACGAGGCAAGAACGGGAAGAGACGUCACAGCAGCUCUUGGUGACCAAACAGCAGUAUGACAGUGCCUUCGAACUUCAGCAGAGUGCCCACGAAGUGGAAAUAAAGAAGCUCCUGCAAGACCUGGCAAGCGAACGGAAAGAGGUAGAAGAGAUGCAGAAGAAAUGGGAAAGUGAGAAGGCAGAGAGAGAGGAAGAGGCUGAGAAGAAGCUGUUAGAUUUGAAGCAGAAGGUUGCUGCCAUGCAAGCUGAACAAGAAGAGGAGCGAGCCAGAGCUGAAAAUGCCAGGCAAGAGAAUGUCGCAGAAAAGCUGCAGAGAGAGCUGCAGGCAAGUCGGAGCAAGAUCGAGGCAGUGGAGAACAGGCAUAAGCAAGAAAUCAAGACCAUCAAAGGGGAAAUGAGUAUCCUAGUUCAGCAGAGGAAUGCUCUACAAAACCAGGUGGAAGAGUUGACAUCUCAGCUAGCAACCUCCAAAGCGUCCCAGCAAGCAAUUUGCCACAAAGCUCAGCAAGAUCUGAAUGAGGCACAGGAACUGUCAAGGAAGAAGAUGCUGGAGGCUGUGCACCUGCAGAAGAUCCUGGACGAGAAGAGGAGUCGAUGGGAGGAGGUAGAACAUCAGAACAGAGAGCUGCAAGUGAGUCUACAGUCCUUGGAGAGGAAAAGGAGUCAAUGGGAAGAAGUGGAGCGUCACAACGUGAAGCUUCAGACUUCCCUGAAGAUCCUUGAGAGUGAAAAUGCCAGGCUGACUCAGUCUCUGAAAGAGAAAGAAGAGAAGCUCAGAACUCUGGAAGAAAACAACGUUGCCCAGCACAAGGAGGUGUCUCGGCUUCUUUCUGCUAUUGAGCAGGGCCAGCAGCAGUCUUCAGAUGACAGAAGAGAAAUAGAAGCGCUCAACAACCAGCAGGCUAUUGCAGAAGGGGAACAACAAUCCUGGCUCUCAGAGAAGAGAUUCUUCUUGCGGCAGCUGGAAUGUCUGCAGCGAACUGUUGCAAAGCUGGUAGAAGAGAAGAUGGAGCUGAAGGAGUUCAAUGCUGAGCUGAGGAGGACGCUUAAGGAGGUGGAACGUGAACGAAGGAAGCUGAAGAGAUACUUCAAGCAUCAGUCGCUGCCAGAUGCCUAGGAGAGCUGGGGACCUGCUGUAGCAGGGAAACUGUUAUUAUGUUAUUAUUUAUGUUAUUAUUUUCUU